UUCUUCUCCCUUCUUCCCACUUCCAUUUUUCUACAAACCCAAAAUAAUCCUUUUUUACCCACUUUCCGAUCUCCACACCAAUAAACUACAAAACUUACAACAAUGCAUAUCAUCAAACACUUCUGAAACUUCACCAAAAAAAUACCAACUAAAAUGGCCACGUCAUCUUUCACUCUAAUCCCAUCUUCUUCACUCAACAACUUCAUUACUAGAGACACUUCUCUCUCUCCCUCAUCUUCUUCUUCAUCUUUCUUUGGCAAUGGAACACUUUUAUUCACCAAGUACAACAAUUACAAUUACAAAAGUUGUGUUUCAUCUUCUUGGAAAUUCAAUAGUAAAAAAGGAAAAAGAAGUGGUGGGCUUUUGGUAUAUGCUGCUGCUGAUUAUUAUUCAACACUUGGUAUUCCAAAAUCUGCUACUAGUAAAGAUAUUAAAGCUGCUUAUAGAAAGUUGGCUCGCCAGUAUCAUCCAGAUGUCAAUAAACAACCAGGAGCUACCGAGAAGUUUAAGGAGAUUAGUAAUGCCUAUGAGGUUCUAUCAGAUGACAAGAAAAGAGCCAUGUAUGAUCGCUAUGGUGAAGAUGGAGUUAAAAGCUCAGUAGGGGGACAAGCGGGUGCUUAUGCGACGAAUCCAUUUGAUCUCUUUGAGACAUUUUUUGGAACAAGCAUGGGUGGUUUUGCUGGUGGUGACACAACUGGAUUUGGAGGACGUCGUGCCAGUACUGUCGUCAAAGGAGAAGAUAUCCGAUAUGACGUGACAUUAGAAUUUUCAGCUGCCAUAUUUGGAACGGAAAAGGAGUUUGAACUGUCUCAUCUUGAAACAUGUGAUGUAUGUACUGGGACUGGUGCAAAGGUAGGAUCCAAGAUGAGAAUAUGCUCUACCUGUGGUGGCAGAGGUCAAGUCAUGAGGACAGAGCAAACACCUUUUGGUAUGUUCUCACAGGUUUCUGUAUGCCCAAAUUGUAAUGGAAAUGGUGAGAUGAUUUCUGAGUACUGUCGAAAGUGUUCGGGUGAAGGACGCAUACGUGUCAAGAAAGAUAUUAAAGUCAAAAUUCCUCCUGGAGUCAGCAAGGGAAGCAUCCUCAGGGUGACUGGAGAAGGCGAUGCUGGUCCAAAAGGAGGUCCUCCAGGAGAUCUGUAUGUCUAUCUUGGCGUUGAGGAAAUACCUGAGAUCCAAAGAGAUGGCAUCAAUUUAUUAUCAUCCAUCUCCAUUUCUUAUCUUGAUGCCAUAUUGGGAACUGUUGCCAAGGUGAAGACAGUUGAGGGGAUGACUGAUCUUCAGAUCCCUGCAGGUACUCAACCUGGCGAUGUUCUUGUUUUGGCAAGGAAAGGUGCUCCAAAAUUGAAUAGACCUUCCAUCCGCGGAGAUCAUUUAUUCACCAUUAAAGUUAGUAUACCAAAACGAAUCAGUGGCCAAGAACGUGAGCUUCUUGAAGAACUUGCUUCUCUGAAUCCUGCCUCCACCCGCACUCGUUCUCGUUCUAAUACUCAGCAAACCGCUAAAAUCACAGAAACUCAAGCUGAUCCUGUUACCGAAGAAAGUAGCAGCUCAGAAGAUCAAGAUGACCCAUUGAAGAAGCUAGCAGAUGCAGCCGGGUCUGCUGUAAAAGGAGUUUUAAAUUGGUUCAAGGACAACUUCUAGUUCGGCAGUUUUAGCAGAGCACAUUUUUAAAACUCUAUUCUUCCGUCUAACAUAGCUGGCAAAGAUUUUCAGCACCUUCAAAACUUGAUUUCAGAAGGAUAUCUUCCUCGGAUUCCAUCGAACAUAUUGAUAAACCUCAUGAAAGAAUUCUUCAGUUAUUCAGAAAUUACACCUCUUUUAAGUUGAUAAGAUUGUUCACUGUCAGCAUUUUUCGGUAAAACCAUAGAUGACAUAUCGAUUCUCUGUAUGUACAACCCUUUGCAAACUGUAAGAAUUUUGCACCUACGAGCGAUUGCUAAUUUGUUGGUCAAAACAGAUUGUGGUGAAUUACCAGAAUUUGACAAUUAAAUUAUAUGGUUUGGAAUUA